CUCCAGCCAUUUUGGCUGAAGCCACUGCGGGUGAGUCUUGUGCACCCCAGACGCUGCAGUGGCUCGCAGCAUGUUCUGGCAAUUCUUCUGGCAGCGCGAAUGGCUCGUGUGGUCGUGGCCCGGGGCAGCCAUAAUUCUCGGCACCGUGUGGUGUCAGGUUCAGUUGGAUGUCAUCGUCAACGCCUGGUUUGGCAGCUUCUUCGACUUGCUCCAGAAGGCAUUGGAAAAGCCCGGCAAUGUCACGGCGGACGAAUUUUACGCCUCAUUGUGGAACGUUUCGCAGAUUAAUUUUGUCUCAAUGUUUUUGUCAACCACAGUGGGCUUUUUCACCAAGCAUUGGCUCUUCCGUUGGCGCCAAGCUUUGAAUGAUGGGUCGGCGGAUUACGUUCGGUGUUGGUACCAAAAUCGCCACAUUGAAGGGGCGAGCCAACGUGUGCAAGAAGAUACGGCGAGAUUUGCUGCACUCAUUGAUAACCUUGGUGUUGCUCUCAUCAGCUCGCUGCUGACUCUGAUGGCCUUCAUGCCUAUCCUCAUUGACCUUUCAAAACUAAUCACGAUCUUUCCGCUUGUCGGUGAAGUGCACAAUGGACUCGUUUACUUAACCAUUAUUUGGGCAGUCUUUGGCACGGUGAUGAUAGCACUUGUUGGGGUCAAGCUCCCAGGACUCAAGGUCCAAAACGAAUUAGUGGAGGCAGCCUACAGGAAGGAGCUUGUUCUAGGGGAGGAUCGCGCAGAGCGCGCGGACAUGCAAGUUUGCGAUUCACUCUUUGAUGGCAUUCGUACGAUCAAUUUCCGCAUUUACUUAAAUUACACGUACUUUGACGCGGCCAAAUGGUGUUACUUGCAUUUCGGCGGUUUCAUUCCUUACUUGGCGCUUGGGCCCACAAUUGUGGCUGCAGGCUUCACAUAUGGGCAGAUGCAGCAGAUUACGCAUGCUUUCGGUAAGGUUGAGGGAUCAUUCCAGUUCUUGGUUCGCAGUUGGAGUACGAUUGUUGAUUUGAUAUCAGUCCAUACACGCCUAACUGCAUUUGAAGUUGCUUCAUAUGACGGCAAAGACACCGAUAAAGGUAUCCCGCUAAAGGACAGCAUUGAAUUGAAUACCGUCCUGGAGGUAUAAGGACACAUGCGUCGGACCUUUUCUCAGGUGUUCAUGUUUACGUGCAUAUGUGUAGAUCGGUGUGUCGAUUUGCAAACAGGUAUAUGCCGAUGCAUACGCACAUAGCUGUACAGGUAUGUACCAACAACACCACCAACAACAACAAUGACGCUACCGAGGAUCCCCACAUAGUUAUAUUAUCGCAGGAGUGAUCUUAGCUGAAGUGCAGCAUGUGAGAAUGAUGUUGGUGGCCGUUCCUUGCGCCCCCCCCUUGGUGUCGAGAACCACGCCUGCUAUGCCCUGGACGACCGGCUCGGAUAGCGGCCGCGGUCAGAGACCACCCCCUGCGCACCCCGUAUGGUGUCGCAGUACUUCUCGUAGACCGUAUCAGGCCACAAAUUGUUGAGUUGGCGGCGGUACGCAUUAAAUGCGGACAGCACCAAUCCGUGGGCACAUCUGCGCGAGUUCUCCAAGCUGACCUCGCCACCCAUCUGAGACAUUGCGUUCUUCAUCGCCAAACAAGGAGGUGGCAAGGCGUCCAUGGCAAUUUUGGGCGGCAUGUCUGCCACGCGCAGGUACCGCGGCUGCUACCCUCAAUCGGAAUUACAGGCGAGACUGCGUGGAAGCGCAUGCACCGAAACGGCUUGAGCCAAGGUGUUUGCAGUUCUGGAUAACAUGCGGAAUCGCCUGCCGCGUAUUGCGAUCACGAAACGGAUAGAAAUGCCGCGCUUCAGUAGCGCCUCGGCAUUGGUUUGCUCCAGAUGGUUUCAACAGCGCCUCGGAGGAGCCUGAAACGCCCCAAGAGUCCAGGGCUACAGAGCUUUCGUUCGAACAUCUUCCCAGAAGAAACUAAAACCAAACGCGGGCCUCAUCACUUCUUCAACCUCCCCCUCGCCCCUUCCUAUGUUCUAGUUUGCCAGUUGAAUUGCCAGUAGUGCGAAUUCGUCUCACAUGGUUGAUCGUGCCCAAGCAUGGUGCCAGCCACAUGUGUUCUCAAUGUUUUUUGUUAGCAGGUGCAGACAAGCUCAGAACCUGAAGCUACCGCUUGCAUUUAUGUAUAGGCCUUGUGCAGCGUGCCAAUUUACCUUUGCUUUCGCACCGUAAUGCCAUUGAAUUCGUUCACGUCAUUGAUACGGCUAUUCGCGACCAGUGCGAUGCCGUCUCACGUGGCUCAUCUUGCCAAAGCAAGCUGCCAGUCACACAGGUAGGUGUUGUGUCCCGCCAUCGGUGCCAAAAAAGCCGUUUCGUUGGAUUUGGGAGCAUGUCGGCAC